UCGAGUCUUUGCGUUUUGCAAAAUUUUACUUUACAGAAUUUAAAAGAAAAUAAAGAAAGUAUAAUUUGUAACCAACAAAAAGAGGAGGCAAGGUCUAUUUAUUACUUAAGAAGAGAAUAAAUGUGAAUCAAGAUAUUAUAAAGAUGCUUUGCAUUGAGAAUGGAUAAACGAGUCAUAAUCAUAUUUGUCUUACUUAUCUACGUUGGUGACACAUCAACUGUGCAAGGUAACAUAUUCAAGAAUCUAUUAAAUUUUUUCACCGGGAACGAGGAAAAUGAUGUGGCCGAAAGACAAAAAAGAAUAACGACGGAUGAAGGUAAUAAAGCCAUAGGGCUUGAAGUACGAGGAUUUCGCAAUGGAGAGAAAGAUGAAGAAGAGGCUGAUUUGAGAAGAAGUGUCAACGAAGAACUUACAGAAAUAUAUAACACGGCCAGUCAUACAGAAAAAAGUAGUGAAAAGAAGCUUAAAACGCGCAGCGUACACGAUAAUGAAGCCAGCGCGCCAGGACAGACAAAAUUUCUAGAACACGUGACCAUGAGGAGUACCAAUAAAAACGAUGAAAAGAAAGAAAACAUUGUUGCACCUUCUGACGGGAAACAGGUUCGUUCAAGUCGUUCGAAGUUUGAAAAUGUAAACAGUAGAGAAGAAAAAGAAAUGUCAUCAAUUAAGACUGUGUCUUCACUUAGUGUUCCCGCUAAUGACAUGAGCGGUAGUGGACAAGAAGACGAUACUCCUCUCACGGAAGUGUCCACAUGGCCUAAAGGGCGUUAUGGAUUGCCAAAGUCAGUAUUUGGUUGUCCCAAGUCAAUCGGAUUCAGGUGGAAAACUGGUUUUCGUUACCAUGACACUGAAGACGAUGGAACAGAGAAUCAGAGAUCUGAUGUCUUCACUUUGGCAGCUAAUUUCUCUGAAGAUGGGAUUAGUCACGAGUUUUGCAUUAAAGAUGAUUUUGAAGGUGAAGGAGACUGGCCUACCGGCAAAUAUUGCAUCUACAAGCGUGGUCCAGUUUGUCCUACCGGCCUAAAAGAAGGCUUCGUGAUAUGGGACGAUGAGAAUACAGAUAAUCAGAACGACAAAGGUGGAGCGCUACCUGAAGGAGAGUACACUGAAGACACGAAAAUAUAUUUCUGUUGUAGUACUACUGGUGUCGUGGACAAUCAAAUAUCUUUGCCUGCAAAAAGUCCAUUCUUUUUGUUUGCCUAUGAAUCUUUUAAAUGCCAAAAGGUCCUAAACAUGAAAUCGACAAGCGAGUUUAUCAAAUUUGACGACGAAGACCAUGGGAACACUGACCACGAAGGUGGCGAAUAUCCUUACGGAAUUCACAAGUUUCAAAAAGAUCACAUGUUGUUUCUAUGCUACUAUGAACCAACCAAACCAGUUCAUUCAUAUAAUGCUGAAUCUGCACUUGCGACGAAUCUUGAAGAAGAAUCAGCCAAAGAUGAAGAACAGUUAGAUCAAGAGAGCAUACGACAAGGUGAAGAAAUCAUGAAAGCUUUUAUGAAAGCAACAGGAGGUGUGGAAGAUGAAACGAGUAAAAGAGAAAGAACGAAAACUAUAAUCAAAACCAUCAAAGUUCCAGUUAAUAGCAAGAACAGUCCAGUUGCGACCGUAAUUGGAUUGGUCCUCGGAAGUAUCGUAAUAGGAACCAUAAUAAUAUUUAUUACAAAGCUUGUGAUUCCAACCAGAAAAGGACAGGAUAAUAUACGUCCAGAUCCACAAGAUCUAAGCAACGAAUGGAAGGGGUCACAUGUUGGUAACAUUUCAGUACAAGCUUUAUAUGAAAACGAGAACGUUCAAAGUACGGCCACCGAUAUAAGUGAUGACGAAGACGAUGAUGGUGAUGGUGGUGAUAAGAGCCCGUCUUGUUACACUGCUUCUGAAAUUGAUUCUUGGUCGGAUUUGGAAGAGGAUGAUGAGUUAGUAGAGGAUCAAUUACUUCCUGAUUCAGAAUUAAAAAGUGGAUUAGAACUUUUGUUUCUAAAACAACAAAGACAUUAUUGGAAUCAAAGGAGAAGACAUGAGCAGAGAGAUCACUCCCAAUAAUGCCAACUUUUCACAAAAAUAAAGCUUUUUUUACAGAAGCCCAUUUGUUGCCUGAUCAGGAAGCGCUUUUGUAAACAUGGCCACUAACUACUGAAUAGAACUUCAUGAAAAUGACGUUGCUAAAGUUUAUUUUUUUUACCUUAAAAAUGUAAAUAUACUUUUUAAAAGAUCUUUAUACGGAAUCGUCCAAAAUAAAUUAUUUUCUUUAUA